AAUCGAACUCGGGUUUCCAUGUUCGUCGACGGGGGGGGAGGUGCUUUCAGCACGGGGGUAGUUACCCCUAAACGCGGCAGUGGAUACAGGGUCCACGGCGAGCGGUCCACCGGGCGCGAUGCGUGCCGAAGGACCCGGAUUUGCUCGUUCGACGCCAGCAGGAGGAUACCCUUUCGGGUCAGGUUCGGGAGGAUCUAGAGAAGGGUGCAGCUCAGGCUACAGUGUGGAUGGUAGGGGAGUUCUGAGUUACGAGGUUGAGAGCUGCAAGCCCAAGCUUCUGAUGUCGACCCCCAAAUGCAUGGUGGCCAAUAUUCUCGAUGGAAUCCACACAUUACAUGAACUACAAGAAGUCAGACUACCAUUUUCACUAAUUCGUGAUUACUUCAUUGGCCCGAACCCGAUUCGGCCGCUCUUGCGACUUUGGCCAGAGCCACUGGGCACCUUGAGUGUUCCUUUCAACGCUUUGGGAGGAGACGCACGUCUCACGUCGUGAUGUUCUUGUUCAUUGCUUUCUUGCCACCUGUGUUUGUGUGUUGUGUGUGUGUGUUUUCGUCCUAU